AUGGAAAUAAAAGAUGAACGUUUUAUCCAAUGGCCGAACAAGUUGCGCGGCAAUCCCGAUAGAAGGAGCAAGAACAAGUAUUGCCAUUUUCAUUGGUACUACAAGCACAAUACAAGCGACUGCUACCACCUCCAGUACAAGAUCGAGAGGCUUAUCGAGGAAGGCCACCUCGGCCAGCAUAUAGAUCAAAAAGAAAACCGAGCCUCGGCGACCGAGGAACAGCCGAUUGACAACAAACCAACUGGAGAAAUCCGGACAAUCUUUGGUGGUCAUAAGGGCAGAGGAGAUUCAAACAACGCAUGGAAGGCCCAUGCGAGAUGCAUCAGACGCCCGGAAGUGAAAAUAAUGAUCCUCGCCCGACCCUCGAAAGAAAGAAAGCUGGACGGAUACAGCGUGAUUUUCACCGAUGAAGAUGCUCGAGGUGUUCAUCAUCCUCAUGACGACACACUGUCUCUGAGGACGAUAAAAGACAUCCAAAGAUUAACUGAAGAGUGGUUGUUCUCAAUCGUUUUGUAUCUAAGGCCACCGAUAAGUGUUUUCCCUUCUUCAGCAGUUGAAGGGGUGGCAGCUUGUCGAUUGGAGCGAAGAGUGUGA